AAGUUGUACACUAUUUCCUUAAGAGUUUACUAGUCAAUUUUAUUAUAACUUCCUCCAACUAUAAAGUCUCCAACAAAGUGGCUACAACCCCAUUCACAUUAAUUCCAAUUUAAUUCAAGUUAGCUCAACAUUAUUUCCCCUUUAAUGGAGUCAUCAUCUAAUUUGGUUCUUGACACUUCUCUUGGGUUCAAUCUUAACCUUAAUCUUUGUCACAAUCCGGAAAUCUUCGAUGACAAAACACAGGUGGACGAGAGAAAAAGUGGGAAUUUAGAAGAGGAGUUGAACAGGAUGAACAUAGAGAAUAAGAAGCUGACAAAAAUGUUGGCAUCCAUGUGUAAGAAUUACAGUAUGCUGCAAAAUCAGUUGAUUGGUUUGAUUAGUCCGACGUCGAAAGGCGAAAAUGAAGAUCAGAAUCCAAGGAAGAGGAAGUUUAUUGAAGCUGUGGAGUGUGGAAUACAGGGGAACACAGAACAGAGUUGUAUUAGCUACGAUGAUUCAUUCAAAAGAGUAACUCUUCUUAGCAGCAAGCCUAAGAUCACUAAUAAAAUGUUGAUUCGGACCGAUAAAUCGGAUAUUAGCUUGGUGGUGAAAGAUGGAUAUCAAUGGAGGAAAUAUGGGCAGAAAGUGACGAGGGAUAAUCCAUCUCCUAGAGCUUACUAUAAAUGUGCUAAUGCUCCUGAAUGUCAAGUCAAAAAGAAGGUGCAAAGAAGUGCAGAUGAUCCAUCCAUCUUGGUAGCAACAUAUGAAGGAGAACACAAUCAUCCUCAACCAAAUUCAAGGGAUCAUUUAGAUCAACAAGUGGUAUUAAGCUCAAGUCAAUCAGUAAAUAAUAAUACUAAUAAUGUUAUAAGAUCUCCUAAUACAUUAAACCUUGAUAUGAUCAACCAUAAUUAUCCCAAUAACAUGGAGAAGACGGUCGACUACAACGACGUCGACACGAAAGCGUUGCAGAGAUUACUUGUAGAACAAAUGGCUUCUUCAUUGACAAAAGAUCCUUCUUUUACUUCUGCAUUAGCUGCUGCCAUUUCUGGAAAAAUAUCGAACAAUGCUUAUACUCAGAGAUGGUUAUAAAUUAUAAUUAGGGUAUUAAUUAGAAUUUGUGUACGUAGUUUUUAGUUGUCCCGUACGGAGUCUCAUUUAUAAGUUGAUCGUGUUACAACAAUUUUCCUUUUUUACAUUUAUUUUUGGACAUAUUUACGGAGUAAUAAAUAUAUAAAUAAAAAGGGGAAUGAAAUGUAGAUCAAUCUUACGAUUGACCUAAUUCCAAAUACAA